UCUAUCUGAGCAUUUGUACAUCCCACCAGCGCAGUUUCCCUCUAAGCCUUAAUUGCGAAUAGCGAGACCAUCACCGACUCCACUCUUUACUCUCUUCAUAAAUCAUUCACCUACUCGCCUCGCCCUUUUUUUCUCCUUAAUUUCCUUCAUGUCUACUCCCACUCCUUCCCUUCUCUCACACUCUGUCUAGACAAACCAAAUUCUAAUUCUAAGAUAUGGAUUCCACAGCCGACGACGUUACUAUUGCUGCUCGCUCCUCCUUAAUCGACUCCUUGAGGGGCUGUGGCUUGUCCGGGAUCCCAAUCGACAAGGCCCACCUCAAGGCCAACCUCAUCAUGCCGCAGUAUCUCCGCUUGGCCCUGCGGGAUUCAAUUCGCUUCAAAGAUCCCACCGCCAAAAUCACUACGCCGGAGAACGUCCUGCCGCCGGAGGCUCCUCUGGUCGUCUUCAUUAAUCCGCGUAGCGGUGGACGCCAUGGCCAGAAGCUCAAGCAGCGCCUCCAGCACUUAAUCAGCGACGAACAGGUUUUCGAUCUUUUGGAUGUGAAGCCUCAUGAAUUUGUGCAGUACGGACUGCGUUGCCUGGAAAUCUUGUCUGAUCUUGGCGACGCUUGUGCCAAACAAACUCGUCAAAAGUUAAGGGUCAUGGUGGCAGGAGGUGAUGGCACUGUCGGUUGGGUACUGGGAAGUCUUGCAGAACUUCACAAACAAGAUCGCAGCCCUGUUCUUCCAGUUGGAAUUAUCCCUCUGGGUACUGGAAAUGACCUCUCCAGGAGUUUUGGCUGGGGAGGUUCAUUUCCUUUUGCCUGGAAAUACGCCGUUAAAAGAUCUCUCCACAGAGCUACCUCUGGCCAAGUUCGUUCUUUGGAUAGUUGGCAUGUUUCGCUGUCCAUGCCUGCUGGAGAAAAAGUGGAACCACCACAUUCUCUGAAGCAGGUUACACAAGAAAGUGAUCUGAAUGAGCCUCCUGUUCAUGAUGACAAAGGAGAUUUACCAACAAAACUGGCUUGCUAUGAAGGAGUGUUUUACAAUUACUUUAGUAUAGGAAUGGAUGCUCAAGUUGCUUACGGCUUCCACCAUUUGCGUAACAAAAGACCUUACCUUGCUCAAGGUCCAGUGACAAAUAAGCUGAUUUACUCUGGUUAUAGUUGCACUCAAGGUUGGUUCUUCACAUCCUGCUCAAAAGAUCCAAAUUUGAGGGGCCUUAAGAACAUCCUUAGAAUACACAUCAAAAAGGUCAAUUGCUCGGACUGGGAAAAGAUUCCAGUUCCUUCCAGUGUUAGGUCUAUUGUUGCUUUAAACCUACAUAACUAUGCAAGUGGAAGAAACCCAUGGGGUAAGCCCAAGCCAGAGUACUUGGAGAAGAGAGGGUUUGUGGAGGCACAUGCUGAUGAUGGUCUUCUAGAGAUUUUUGGGCUAAAACAAGGAUGGCACACAUCAUUUGUUAUGGUGGAUAUAAUCUCUGCCAAACACAUUGCCCAGGCAGCAGCCAUUAGAAUUGAAAUUAGAGGUGGGAAGCGGAAGAAGGCAUGUCUGCAGAUGGAUGGCGAGCCAUGGAAGCAGCAAAUAAGCAAGGACUCCUCGACGUUCGUUGAAAUCAAGAGGGUUCCUUUCCAAUCACUAAUGAUCAACGGGGACUAAACUUUCCUGAUCUUACGCUGAGUGGAUUUGUUCCUCUUUGCUGAUAUAUAUAUAUAUGUUCAAAAUAUUCAUUAUCAACAAAAGCCUAAAUUAUUCAAUUACACUAAAACCGAUUGCUACUAA